AUGGAGGGCUUUGAGGAGCUGGAGAGCAGCCUCCUGACGCAGCCUUGGGCUUCUGUUUGCUUUGGCGAGAUGGCUUUUCUUGCCAAAGCGUGCUUCAGGGAUACUGGCUACAUCCUGCUGAUCUCUGACCUCAGCAGUGUCUGGUACGAGAGUGCAGAUGCCGAGGCCGUAGGACGAAGGUCCAAGGAGUUGAACAAGCGGCUGACGGUCCACGUGUCCUCCUUCCUGCACCGCUUGCGCAACCUGAUGUGCCCCUUGCUGGCAGGGCAGCCAAACGAUGCCACCUCCUUCUCCUGCCACUGCACUGCCGACGGCCUCAGCCUGCAUGUGAAGAGCGAGUUCUCGGGGCUGCCCUUCUACUGGGACUUCCACUGCUGCCCCGCUCCCGUGGAGAUGGUGAGGAACGCUGUGAACAGUUUGGGGAGGGAGGUGGCCUAA